CAUAUACGAAUGGACGACGAUGAGAAGAAGAAAAAGAUGGAUGAAAUUCAGAAAAUGCAAAAAGAGAAGAAACCAGAGGGCCGCAUGGCCUUACUUAAAUACUACGUCAAACGUUAUUGGUACAUUGCAAUUCCUGUCCAUAUUGUCUCAUGUUUGCUGUGGUACGCAGCAGCUUUUCUCGCAGUGAAGAGUGGAGUAGAUGUAGUUUCGCUUUUGGAACAUUUAAGGGUCCCUGAAUAUCUAAUUGGGAAAGUUAGAAAUAUGCCUCCCCAUGCAGGAUACGCUGCCCUUGCUUUUGUUCUAUACAAGAUAGCUAGCCCAUUGCGGUAUGCUACCACAAUUGCUGGGAUAAAACUAACGUUCACGACACUUCAAAAAAUGGGCAAAUUAAAGACAGCGAAAGAAGUGACUUACAAAAUGCGUACAGAAUAUGCAAAGAGGGCAGACAGACUAAAGCGUCGUUAUAGCAGGUUUACAAAAUUUGCUGUUCGGUCCAUCAAGAAAAGAGAUGGGACAAACGGGAAAAAGUAA